AUGCAGAGGAAAAUUCUUGGUGGGCAUUGGUUGAAUGAUGGGAAUGAUGUUGAUCUGAGAUUGGCUCGUUUGGAGGAUCUGAUGAACAGAAGACCGGAGCUUGUAAACAGUGUUAUGCUGAGGCAAAACCCACACAACGUUGAGCAAUGGCUUCGUAGAGUCAAGCUGUUUGAGGGAGACGCAGAGAAGCAGAUACAUACUUACACGGAAGCUGUGAAGACCGUUGAUCCCAUGAAAGCAACGGGCAAGGUCUCCCCACACGCUGUUGAGAUGGAGCUGAGGCACAAUAACUUUACAGGGGCUUUAAUGCUGAUGAGGCGUGCUACAGCUGAACCGUCUUUAGAAGUCAGACGCAUGGUUGCUUCUGAAGCAGAACCAGUCCAGAGCUGCACAAGUCCUUGA